AUGGGCAAGUAUGACGAUACGCUGGGGGUGCUCUUGCUUGCUGUCGUCUUAAACGCCUACCUGUACGGCGUUGUCAUGAGUCAAUUCUUUCGUUAUUGUCAAGCAGAUAUUAAUGACCAUCGAGCCCUCAGGUAUCUACUGAACUCUGUGCUUAUUGUGGACACGACUUUCACUGCUUUGACAAUAUACGGCAUAUGGUCGAUAUUCAUAGCCCACAACAGUGACAGUAUUGUCGUCGCACAGCAGUCAUGGUCAAUACAGACUUUACCGAUAGCGACAGCCUGGUCGACCGUCGCAAUGCACUUGUUCUUUACGCGACGGCUUUGGAGACUCACCUCAAACAAAAUCUGGGCCUUAGUCGCAGUCUCGUUGGCUAUAUGUACAUUUGUCCUUGGGAUGACCUUUGCCAUUCGGGCUCUGGCUGUGGGAGCGAAUCUGGAAGGCGCAUCUCUGGAGAAAACCAAGUCGGUAUACCUGUCCUGGCUCGUCGCCACAUUAGUCUCGGACGGUUUCAUUACGGGCUCGUUGAGCAUAGCACUUUUACAAGCUCGCACUGUCGGAUUUAGCAAGGCUAGCCACGUUGCUCAACAGCUCCUGCGGGGUGCGAUCCAGACGGGAGUUUGUGCUGGAAUCAUCACCCUAGGAAGCUUGUUGUCGUACAUAUUCCAGCCCAAUACAUUCCUGGCCCUGCUCUUCGCUGUGCCAAGCGGACGCGUAUACACGGCUAACAGGCCCAUGACACGCCCGGUACAACUGACUUCUGCCAUCUCAAUCCACGAGCUCGAAACAAUCAAUGUAUAGAUUUAUUGCGACCGCCAGAGCCAUAGUGAGCGGAAUUCAACGGACUCAUUGCUAAGUAGAACAUGUUCCUCUUCCGCGUUUCACGCCUCGGGUCUUGAGUGCUGGGUGGGCUUCCGAAGGUAUGCUACAUUGCUACCCAAUCUCCGGGAAGGGUGUAUCGCACCGCGUUCCUUUCAUCUCUGCAAGAAGCUUCCGUGCUUUUGGUAGUGACUGCUUAGCUUAAUGCGCUAGGGUGGCGUCUUGUUGUUAUCCGUUACUUCGAGCCUUGGGCCACCGCGGUGACAAGUAGCAUUACCGAUUACAGAAAGUAUGUCCAUUUUUU